AUGGUGGGGGCCGGUUUGUCACUAACACAGUCUUUUGCAUUUUGUGUAAUCUACACACUCUGCAGACGUUUGUUGCUCAUUAGUCCGCCCCAAUAUCUUAUCAGCAGCCCGGAUGUGAUCCGAUUAGUCGAUUUGCGCGAUCAGACACCGACCUUUCCACACGACAAAAGGACACAUGCGACUCUAACUUCGCAAAGGAGUCUCCUCCACCAAAGAACCCCAACAGUUCUUGCCUCGGCUUCUCGGUUCAUCCUCCCUGUUCAGUCUGAAAUGUGCCAAGAUCUGGACAUACCAGCAGUCGGGAACUAUCCUGUUUUACCUUCAACCUAG